AAACGGAUACACAUGAAUCAAAAAACUAGUACUAUAGCCACUAUAAUUACUACUGCCACUACACCCCACCACCUAUUUAUCUUUUUCUUGGAGAGUUGGUUGUGUAGUGUUUAUGUGAAAGCCUUUUCCUGUUGUUUCUGUGUGUGCUUUUUGGACUCUUGCAUGAUCCAAAAAGUUGCUCUCUUUCUUUAUCUGUUGAUAGUUUUUUAUAUCUGCUCCUUCUUUCUCAGCACUUUAACCAUCUCGGACUCAGGGGCUCCUUUCUUUCAUGUUGCUCUCUUUCUUUAUUUGUUGAUAGUCUUUUUAUCUGCUCCUCUUUCUCAGCGCUUUAACCAUCUCGGACGCAAAGGGUCCUUUCUUCCAUCCUCUCUGAUCUCUGUGAUAUUAAAUAUGGUUGUUAUUUGGAGGAGAAAGUUAAAUUUGGAAUUGAAGUUAAAAGAAGAAACAAGAUAAAAAGGAAAGAAGAAUCAGAAAAAGAUAGGAAAAGAAGAGCAGAAGAAGGAAGAGAGAAGAAGAGAGAGCAAGGAAGGAUGGCUGAAUUCUUUGGAGUUUCUCCAGCAAGAAAGCACACCAAUAAGGGGAAAAAGAAGGAUUUUAGUUUGGAAUAUAGGAAAUUAGAGAAAGGAAGGGAAGAAGGAAAUUAGGAUCAAGAAAAGAAGAUUUCUGCAGGGCAGCAGCUUUUUCAUUUGUUCAGGUGAUAUAAAGUGAUUAUUGAUAUCAGUUGAUAGUUUUAGAGCUCAGAUUGACUAAACUCCAUGACCCUGGGAAGCAAAGGAAGGAUGAUUAUAAGUAGGGAUAAAGAUGUUACACUCUGAAUCUUUCUCACUGAUAAACGACUGGAUAGCAAGAAAAAGGAAAAAUCACAGAAACAAGAGUAAAGGAUUGAAGGUGUUUGUGGUAAUUCUUCUUUCGAAUUUGUUCCUUACCUCAUAGUGGGAAAAUUCCUUUCAGCCUUGAACUCAUUGAGAAGCUCUUGAUCCCCCAUGGUAGCGUUUCCUGUUGAAUUGUUUUUGGGUGCCCCUACCGCAUAACCACAACAAUAGAAAGUCAAUCUUCAGACAAUAAGUUGUUAGAAUGAUGAUGGAGAGAUGGAAAUUAAGAGUAAUCAAAGUUAUGGGAUUUGAAAUGUUUCAAGUUUUGUGGAUUUGAAUUAUAAUUUGUUUGUAUCAUCCAAUUCCCUCAAUACGUGCGACACAACGAUUCUUUAGUCGAUAUCUUCUGUCUUCAACAUAUAUGUGCUAUAUAAGGACAAAUCAUCAGAGACAAUAAAGUAGAUUUUUUUUUGCUAAAGUGAAAUGAUUACAUUUAUGGAAGCCAAAGAGAGGGUGAAGGAGGUGGAGAAGUGCUUAGACUCUCAGCUAUGGCAUGCCUGCGCUGGUGGAAUGAUCCAAAUGCCUAUGGUGAACUCCAAGGUCUUCUACUUCCCUCAAGGCCACUGUGAGCAUGCCUCUGGUCCUAUGGAUUUCAGGAACUUCCCUCGCGUCCCUUCAUAUAUCCUUUGUAGGGUUUUGGCUGUUAAAUUCAUGGCUGAUCCUGAAACCGAUGAGGUUUAUGCCAACAUGAAGUUGGCUCCAAUUACUAGCAGCGAGCCUGGUUUGGAGGAAGAAGAGGAACGUGUAAUUAAUGGGGGAGAAGGGCAAGAGAAUAAGCCAGCUUCCUUUGCUAAGACAUUGACCCAAUCGGAUGCUAACAAUGGUGGAGGUUUCUCCGUGCCAAGGUAUUGUGCAGAGACCAUUUUUCCACGGCUGGAUUACUCAGCGGAUCCGCCUGUGCAGACCAUUCUUGCUAAGGAUGUUCAUGGAGAUACAUGGAAAUUUAGGCAUAUUUAUAGAGGGACACCAAGGAGACAUCUUUUAACUACUGGCUGGAGCACAUUUGUGAAUCAUAAAAAGCUGGUUGCAGGGGAUUCCAUAGUGUUUUUGAGGGCAGAGAAUGGAGAUCUUUGUGUUGGGAUUCGAAGAGCUAAGAGGGGAAUUGGAGGAGGUCCUGAGUCUUCUUGGAAUCCUGCAGGUGGGAACUGUGUUAUGCCUUAUGGAGGAUUCAGUGCUUUUUUUAGAGAGGAAGAAAAUAAGCUAUUAAGAAAUGGAAAUGGGAAUAGUAAUGGGAAUGGAAAUGGUUCCAGAGUGAAUGGGGUUUUGAUGGGGAAGGGGAAAGUGAGGCCUGAAUCAGUUACUGAAGCAGCUACUCUCGCUGCAAAUGGACAACCCUUUGAAGUCUUUUACUACCCUCGAGCUAGUACUCCUGAGUUCUGUGUGAAGGCUUCUUUGGUAAAAACAGCUUUGCAAAUUCGGUGGUGUUCUGGGAUGAGGUUCAAGAUGGCCUUUGAAACUGAAGAUUCUUCCAGGAUUAGUUGGUUCAUGGGGACUAUUUCUUCUGCUCAAGUUGCUGAUCCUCUUCGUUGGCCGGAUUCACCAUGGAGGCUCCUCCAGGUUACAUGGGAUGAACCUGAUUUGCUUCAAAAUGUGAAACGUGUUAGCCCAUGGCUAGUGGAAUUGGUAUCAAACAUGCCCGCCAUCCAUCUAUCCCCUUUCUCACCACCAAGGAAGAAGUUGAGAUUCCCACAACACCCUGAUUUUCCCCUUGAUGGUCAAUUUCCAAUUCCGUCGUUUUCCGGCAACCUCCUUGGGCCCAGCAACCCCUUUAGUUGUCUACCGGACAACAGUCCUGCUGGCAUGCAGGGAGCCAGGCAUGCUCAUUAUGGUCUACCUUUAUCAGAUCUCCACCUCAGUAAACUGCAGACUGGUCUACUUCCGGCUGGUUUCCCGCCACUACUUGAUCAUGCUGCUACUCAUACUAGAAUCUCAAAUAGUCCUAUCAUUCAAAAGCCUAGCAUGAGUGAGAAUGUAUCUUGUGUGCUAACCAUGGCGCAUUCUACCCAGAUUUCAAAGAAAACUGAUGAUGUGAAGACACCCCAACUUGUACUGUUUGGUCAACCUAUACUCACUGAGCAGCAAAUCUCUCUUAGUUGCUCUGGUGAUACAGUGUCACCAGUUCAUACUGGAAAUAGUUCAUCUAAAGGAAAUUUAGAUAAAAUGACAAAUUUUUCUGAUGGCUCUGGAUCUGCUCUUCAUCAGCAAAGCCUGUCGGAGCGGUCAUCAUGUGAGGGUUUCCAAUGGCACAAGAAUAACCCCCAAGAAAAUGAGCCCUCCUUGGAGAUUGGUCACUGCAAAGUCUUCAUGGAAUUAGAGGAUGUGGGUCGGACUCUCGACCUUUCAUUGCUCAGCUCUUAUGAAGAGCUAAACAAAAAACUAGCGGACAUGUUUAAGAUAGAGAAUUCGGAGACACUAAACAAUGUGCUUUACCGUGAUGUUACAGGCGCCGUCAAACACAUUGGGUGUGAACCAUUCAGUGACUUCAUGAAAACAGCAAGGAGACUGACAAUUCUAAUGGAUUCAAGCAGUGACAAUGUAGGAUUGUAGAGGAAGAAAUAAACUUUGUUUGCUUUUAAACUGUACAGCUGGCUGAUCAAAUCCUUCUUCGUCGUUCCUGAGCUGACUUUUUAUCCUUCUUCAACCUGUGGGAGGAGCUGCUCUGAUCCAAUUUUUAGACUUUUCAGCUAAAAUUUGUAGAUUCUCGUUUCUCCUUAGUUUUAAAAGAAUGAAUAUUUUUAUUUCAAGAAUCAUAUAUUUCAUUCAGCA